GAUACUUGGAGUAUGUAUUAUACUACGUAUCUUACUGUGUACAACAAAAAAAAAAUAAAUGUGGCUUUAAAAUUAUUAGUAUAAGCAAACGAAUCUAUUUACCUCAUUAUUUGACUAUUGGUUACUCAUUAGUGUAUAUGCAUGACAAAAUAAAUUUCAGUAUUCUACCAAGGGCUACAUACAUAUCACGUGUAAUUACCAGUUACAGCACAUGAUGUAUUAUUUGUUUCGAACUGGGGGCCUUCUGCUGUCUAUUCUGUCUAUAAUGUAUGUAGAAACUGAAUUAAUUGAUCCAGGCGGUAGGUGGAAUGUUUCUAGGGUCAUUAUGCUUGUUUUGACUGAUGAGGAAAAUUUGAUUUAUCAUAGAGUUGAUUAUUGAUAUGGGGUGUGGAACCAGCCUACAGGCGAAAAAUCAAAUAUAGGCCUAUACACAAAGCGAUAUUAUUAUAAAAAAAAUUUAAAAAAUGGCAGAUGAGAAACAACAAAAUGAUGCAGAUUUGAUCAUAAAGGAAAGAAACGAAGUAAAUGAGAAAGACCAAGGGAAAAAUGCUGUUCAGGAUGAAGACGAAAAUUCUGGAGAGAAACAAGAUUUUGACAAUGAUAUUAAGUUGUAUGAGCUCACUAUAGGAGCUCAAGUUGUUGAGGUGAAACCAGAAUUCCAAGAAGCACUAGAAGAAUGCAAAGAUGAACUAACUAGAGCAAUGGAUUUUCUAAAAAACACAGACGAUCUUAAAAAUGAACAGGUUUUAAGCAGUGUGGAAAUGAUAAAAAAUAGUUAUUAUAAUACUAAGCUGACUACAUAUCGUCCAUUACUCGGGGAGCACUUAUGCAACAUUGGAUUUCCAGAAUUAUUCAUUAAAUUUUGGAUUGAGAUAAAUAAAUUGAAUAUAUUUGAUCCAGAAAAUGAACAAGAAAUGAAAGUUUUGAAAGCCAUGAAAUCUCUUGCUUGGAAUUAUUCUGAUGCUUCAAUAAAAUUAUGCGCCGAGCUUGGAAAGUUCGGUGCGGUCCCAUUACUUCUCUCAAGCCUCAAGCAAAAAGAAUUGGUGCCAGAGACCCUAACAAACCCUAAUAUUAUACACGUGAAGGGAAGUCUAGGUAUAUUAAACAAUAUGGUACGACUUCAUCCUCAUAAUAUUCAACUCUUGCGCGACAAUAAUGCUGUGAAGCUUCUCCUGGACUACACAGCUGUAAAAUUCCUGAUCUUAAAAGCCAAUUGCUUCAUGAUAAUUUCGUUUCUUAUCACCGACGAAGAGGUGAGCUUACUGGAGAACACUGGAAUUGCCGUUCGAUUCAUCAUCGAUCUCCUUACCACGUCCUUGACUGCAGGAAAAGCGCGAGGAUACAGCACUCUGGAAAUACUCCUCUCUUUGAAUAAUCUGGCUCUUAAUGAUGAGAACAAAGUGAAAAUUGUGGAAUACAAUGGACUUGCACAGUUGGGCAGGGCACUCAAAAAACGCACAAAAUCAAUCCUUAUUCUUUCUGCAAUGCUUAUUUGGAAACUAUCUUUUAUUGAGCAAAACCGUAAGAGAAUAAGAGAAGACGAAAGCCUAAUAAAUGUUUUAAAGCUUAACAAGAGUUCUGACGUUCCCAAGGUGCAAGCAACAUGCUCAGGUGCAUUGUGGGAAAUAUUUGGAGGACAACCUGAAGUAAAUGAAGAUAGUACACCUAUUAUCAUCCAACCAUAUAUCAGGAAAGGCACCCAUGUGAUGAUUAGCUACCAAUGGGAUGUACAGCCGAGAAUUAUUAAGUUGAAGAAAAAACUCCAGGACGCAGGUUACAUCGUCUGGAUGGAUAUAGACCAGAUUGAGGGCGACAUUUUGGGUGCAAUGGCUGCCGCUGUUGAGAAUGCUGCCGUAUUUUUGCCGUGCAUUUCUAAAAAGUACAAGGACAGUACAAGCUGUAGAACAGAAGCAACAUAUGCUUACAAACAGAAAAAGUCGAUUAUCCCCUUGAUAGUGGAAGAAGAUUACGUGCCUGAUGGUUGGCUUGGAGCUCUUAUUGGCACUUUAAUUUACUUUCACUUAUUUAACGACUCCAAGCUGGACACAGAGUUCCAGCGUAUUAUAAGUGAGAUUGGCAAUCGAGGAAAACAAGAGAAAGGACAUAAAAGAAUACACCGUAAAGAAAUUGUUGCUGUUUCCACUUCAUUUGAAAGUUCUUCAAAUAACAGAGGAGUUGAUUCAGCCGACAACCCAGUAGCUCCGACUUCAAAGGUCUUGCUUCCAAAGGUCAAAGCUGACAUCUCCAACUGGACAUCAAAUGAUGUUAAGAAGUGGUUGAAAGAAAUCAAACUAGAGGAAUGUAGCUCUGCCAUGAAGGAUGUUGAUGGUGAUAUCUUAACCAGGAUGUACACGAUGUCGAAAGAAGCACCAGAUUUUUUCUACUCAAGAUUAGAGAGAGACUUUAGUAUGAUCCAUUUGAUGCAGAUAUUGAAGUUUUCCAGCGCUCUAGAAAAACUUCUUUGUUGAAUGUAAAUUUGAGUGAGUACUUAAUCCAGAUGUAAAAGAUGUCGAAAGAAACACAUGAGUUCUUGUACAAAAGGUUAAAGAGGGAAUUUAAUAUGGACCAUUUGAUGUAGAUACUUUAGUUUUCAAGUGCUCUACAGAAUCUUCUGUGUUCUGUGUAGAUUUAAGUAAUGAUUUUAAAUUAAUACGUAACACAAAUAUAUAAUAUAUACUUUUUUCAUCUAAAAUUAUCCUGUUAUUUAAUAAAGUUUUUUGUGAAAAAUCGAGAAAUCAACAAAAACAUAAUAGUUUAACUCUAUCUUACUCAGUAUCUUACUCAUCAUAAAACUGUGAGAAUCAUAUUAUAGUGCAAUACCUGUCCGAGUACUCAAUGGACCUUUCCACUUAACCCCACCAACAGACCUUUCCGGAGUAUCAAUCAAACUUAACAACUGACCAAUCAGGACAGCGCUAGGAAUACGCGAACCUCUCACAAACACACGUGUUGUCUCACAAACGCACGUGUUCGUGUAUGUUUUAACACUGCCGUCUUGUGGGACCUUAGCGGAAAGGUCUAUUUAAUAUUGUUGCAUAAGGUCCCACAAAACGAGUGUAAAAACAUACCAAAACACAUUGUAAGACAACAUGAGUGUUUGUUCAGAUACUCGCAUAUUCGUGGCCCUGUUCUGAGUGGUUAGUUGUUAAGUACGAUUGACCCUCUCAAAACGUCCAUAUAAUUUGUAGGAAUCUAUCAACGAUUAAGAUACUAGAAUCAACUAUUACAGCAUAUUGGUACUUGCUGUAUGUAGCUAUUAAUAUAUAUAUAUAUAUAUUAUAUA